AUGGAUCGGGUGCAAGUCGGGAUGCAUGUGGACAUCAAGCGAUCCGACGGACGAGUACACUCAGCGAUCGUCUCUGAAAUCCGGCCUGAAAAGAGCGCCGUACUUGUUGAGUGGUAUGAAGGGGGUGACACAAAGGGCAAAGAAGUCUUCAUAAGCGAACUCGUCGCCAUCAAUCCCACCUUGGUUGGAAAGCCGAAUUUGAGCGACACGUUAGCGAAUGCGAUGUCGAUUUCAAAACCAGUCAAAAGAGAGCCCCUCAAUAUGAAUAUGAACAGCACAAUUUGUGGUUCGAUGGAAGAUGACAACGACCUACUUUUACCAAUCAAGCCAAAGUUGAAUGAAAAGAAACGCGCCAUACUUGGUUCGGAGAAGGAUUUGACGAUCGAGCCGCCGCGAGAUGAGUCGAUUACGAAACAAGCAUCAGUGAAGCCAGAACGUCGAUCUCUUGUGACACCGAAGGCCUCAGCUCCACAAUUAACACAACGUUCUCGGGUGUCUGCGCUCAACCUUACGACGGCAAUUCUUCCACCACCCAUUCCAGCUAAUGCUGUGGCUCCUGAGAAAAAAGGCGAAACGGUGCAGCAAAUCGAGAAGCUCCAAAAGCAGCGCGAGGAACGGCGCGCUCAGCAAGACGAAAUCAAGAAGAAGAGGGAAGUCGAGAGGGCGUUGGAUCCAGGAAAUCCAAACUAUCAAUUCUCUGUCAUGAUCCGCGACUAUCAAUCUAAUAUUGACUUUCGUCCACUGAAGAUUACGGACUCGGUGCAGGACACGAGGAUUUCUGUGUGUGUCCGGAAGCGCCCCAUGAACAAGAAAGAGAUCACAAGGAAGGACAUUGAGGUUGUGACGAUUCCAAAACAGGACCAUGUAAUUAUUCAUCAGCCACAAGUGAGGGUGGAUCUGACAAAAUACUUGGACAACCAGAAGUUUCGAUUCGACUACGCUUUUGACGAAAAUGCUGAUAACGAAAUGGUUUAUCGAUUUACUGCCCAGCCGUUGGUCAACUCAAUUUUCGAGCAAGGAUUCUCGACAUGUUUUGCUUACGGACAAACUGGGUCGGGGAAAACACAUACAAUGGGUGGAAAUAUGGCGACCCACGAAACAACAACAAAGACGAAACAACAAGACUGGUCGAAAGGAAUUUACGCUCUUGCCUCCUGCGACGUCUUUCGACUGCAUCGUGGGGAAUAUCGCUCUCUUGGACUUACAAUUGGCUGCAGCUUCUUUGAAAUCUAUGGAGGAAAGGUGUUUGAUCUUUUGAAGAACAAAAACUUGUUGCGAGUGCUCGAGGACGGAAAGCGUGAAGUACAAGUCGUUGGGCUACAAGAAGAGACGGUGACGUCGGACCAGCAAGUCCUGGAUCUGAUCAAGAGGGGCUCUGACAUGAGAACUGCUGGAGCAACGUCCGCAAAUUCCAAUUCAAGUCGAUCCCAUGCCGUGUUUCAAAUCAUACUCCGCAGAGGAAACAAGUUAUGGGGAAAAUUUUCGCUUAUCGAUUUGGCGGGUAAUGAACGAGGACAAGACACUGGCUCAUCGGAUCGACAAACGCGAAUGGAAGGCGCAGAAAUCAACAAGAGUCUUCUCGCAUUGAAGGAAUGCAUCCGGGCAAUGGGACGAAAUUCAGCCCACGUUCCCUUUCGUCAAUCGAAAUUGACUAUGGUUCUUCGCGAUUCUUUCGUUGGCGAAAAUUCCCGGACUUGCAUGAUUGCUAUGAUUAGUCCCACGAUGGCCUCCUGCGAGCACACGCUGAACACGUUGCGAUACGCCAAUCGAGUCAAGGAGCUUGGAUGUGAAGAUGGAGAUAACGCCUCACCAUUGCGCGACGACGAAUUGAUGCUGGCCAACCCUGAGGCGGAAGUCGACGAAGUACUCCAAGUUGCGACCGGGAAAAACAAAGGCGAACUGAAGUACGAGAAAGUUAUCGCGGCGCUGACACAAUGCGAGGAAAGGACGAUUAAUGACUUGUACAAUCAUCAAGAGAUGUUGAGAGUCGAAGAUCGAAAAAUAGCCGAUUUUAUCAACCGCGUCCAAGAUCCCGAUUACGAAAUGGAGCCGUUCAUCAAAGGAUUAAUUGGUCAACUCGAGCAAGAACUAUCGGAUCGACGUGCUGUGCUAGAAAACGCGAAUAAAUGGCUGAAGAUCGCCCAACAAGAGAGCGAACUGUCGAACAAGGCCAAGAAGAAG